AUGGAAUACAUGGAUCGUUUUCUGCAUGACGCAGCAACAAAGGGUGAUCUUAGUUUUUUGGAAAAAAUUAGAAAUGGUGAUGUAUCAAUUGAUCUUGUAAGUCAGAAAACGCCUAAAGACAACAAUGUUCUUCACAUUGCGGCUGAAUUCAAGCAAAUGAAUUUCUUUAAAGAAGUCAAGUUUCAUCAUCCUCAAUCUCCACGGUUUUGGGACACCAACAAGAACAACGAAACUCCUCUCCAUGUUGCUGCAAGAGUAGGAUGUGAUGAAAUAGUGGAGUUCAUCAUUGCUAACAUGAAACCUCUUGAAGAAGUUGAUUUGGAAGACGGACCAAUUAAUGAGGAGGAAAUCACACCAGCUGCUGAGGAAACCACGCCAUCUGAUGAGGAAAUCUUACAACCUUAUGAGGAAAGCAGAUCAUCUGCUGAGGAAAACAGACCAGUUGAUGAGGAAAUCAGACCAGUUGAUGAGGAAAUCAGACCAGCUGAUGAGGAAAUAAGACCAAACAGGCCAGUUGAUGAGGAAAUCAGACCAGAUGGUGUUAAACCUUAUAAAAAACUACUCCGAAUGAAAAAUUCGGAAAAGGAUACAGCAUUGCAUGUUGCUGUUCGAUAUCGUCGCGAUGGGGUGGUGGCUCAGUUAAUGAAAGCCGAUCCUGAAUUAUGUUGUUUUACUAAUAGCGCCAACGAGUCACCUUUAUUCCUAGCUGUUAGAACGGGCUCUCCAAGCAUUGCUCUUUAUAUCCUAAACGAGUCUCCCUCUGAUAGAUCUCCUUCUUUUCAUGGGACAAAUGGUGUGACAGCUUUGCAUGCAGCUGUCACUCGCAGACGCCUUACCCACCAAGGCAUCGUGGCAACUAUGGUUUCCAAAAAUCGUGAAAUAAUCAAACAAGCAGACGACAUUGGGUGGACUCCCUUACACUAUGCAGCAUUGAGAGGUAACCUUAAAGCAACUCAACUGCUGAUUGGAAAGGAGAAGUCUGCUUGUUACAUCUUGGACAAACUUGGGUUGUCAGCUCUCCACAUCGCCGCAUAUGCAGGGCACACCAAAAUAUUGGAAGAGUUGAUUGGAUGUGAGCCUGCUACUUGUGAUUUGGUCAAUCACAAAGGUCAAACAGCUCUGCAUGCUGCAGUCGUAGGUAAACAAAUAAACGUUAUAAAGUACGUUCUGAAGACGCCUAAGCUUGGGAGACUUAUAAAUCAAGCGGAUAACAAUGGGAACACUCCUUUGCAUCUUGCUGCCAUUUGCCGAAAUCAUGGAAUGGUAACAAUCUUGUCAAAAGACACUAGGUUGGACAAAACGGCUGUCAAUAAAAGAUUCUUAACGGUUGCCGACAUUUUGCGCGAGGACAAGAUGGAACAAAAGGAGAUGACCAAUAGUGCCGAGGUUAGGAAGUACCCGAUUUGGUCCUUGACCGCUGGGGUGCCAUAUUUUCAACGACAAAUCACUCAUGAGUUUACGAAAUUACAAUCUCCGGAGAAGAAAGAUAAGGCUGAUACGCCAGCCAUUACACAUGGGGCCUUGAAAAAAAGACGUGAUACUAAACUAUUGGUAGCAACGCUCAUUGCAACCGUCACAUUUGCAGCGUCUAUCAAUGUUCCUGGAGGGUUCAAAACCGACGGAAAGCAAGCUUUAGAAGACAAUGCAUAUUUCCAAGCAGAGGAAGAAGAAGGCCGAGGGAUGGCGUUGGGGGUGGCGUUCGGCUAUGCGUUGGGUUGGGAUCUCAUUCGUAUUCAGCUUGUAAAGUCACCUGGGGAAGUCCAUUGGCGUGCCAUUAUUCCAACAACAAAUUUCCCAUGA